CUUUACUUUCUCUUCUUCUCUUUCAUCAUGCAGUCACUAAGGACUUUCCGCGACUUCUAUAAUCGAUCUUACGAUAAACGACCAAUUCUCACUCUCUGCGUGACAAAUGGUAUUCUUGGCGCACUCAGUGACACACUUGCUCAGAGUAUAACACACUAUGACUACCACGUCAAAAAGAAAGAGGGUCUAAGAUCACUUGCGGCCAGCAAAGAUCACACCCACAGACUUCACCUUGAAGACAGAUUGCCUGAUAGCUUACAGCAAGAUGAGAUUUUGUGUACCCCUCCUCCUACUUGGGAGCCCACGCGAACCCUUCGAUUUGCAGCCUACAAUUUCAGUGUCGCGCCACUUCUCGGAAAAUGGUUCAUGUUUCUCGACAAGUUUUUCCCUAUGCCAGCGGUAGCAGCUACUGCAUCCAAAGCAGUCCAGAAGGCUGUUGCAGACCAAGCGCUCUUUGCACCCGCUGGUCUCACUAUGUUCUUUACUAUCAUGGGUUUCAUAGAAACCAAAAAGUGGGAAGGUGUCCAGGAAAAGUUCAGGGAUGCAUUUUUACCUGCGCUUGUAAUGAACUACAAGGUGUGGCCUGUCGUCCAGCUCAUUAAUUUCAAGGUUAUGCCUCUCCAGUAUCGUUUGCCAUUCGUAAGCAGUCUGGGCAUUAUGUGGAAUGCUUAUCUGAGCUGGAUCAACAAUGCUUCAAAGAAGAAGGAAUACACUCAAGAGCAUCUUAUGGUAGACGAUGGUCAGACUAGGGUGGAUCCACCCAUUGAGAUACAAGCACCCUAG